AUGAUUUUUUGGUUGAUUAAAACAAUAUGCAUCUAAGCAGUACUAGGAUAAAAAGGAUACUAGGAAUAUUAGAACGUAUUUGGAAGUUAAAAUGAUUUGUGUCCUGAUUUACAUACAUCUGUGCCCGGCAUGCAUCCGCAUUAAUGUGUUUGUAAUUAUUAGUGCAAUUAAUAGCUUAUGCCAAAAUUUGUUAAGGCGUUACAGAAGUAAUAAUAAAAACAGAAACAAAUGGAACUUAACAUAUAUGCCAUCCAAGAUUUCAACUAUAUGGAUCAGAAUCUAUAACUAAAGACACCUAAUCAGUUCAUUGUGGAUACCAAUUAGGUAUUUCAUUAGUAAUGGAACAGCAAUAUGAUGGACAUUAUAAAUACUAUUGCAAAGGUAAAAAUAGUUAAUUUGUAAUUAGAUUUUCGAUUUUAUGGUGCAAGUAUUUAAAGAUGUUUGAUAGUUGCAUUGUAAAAUGGUUAUUUAAAAUGUCUAUUUUGUAAAUUUCCAUACUUUGAUUAUGAUUGUAAAUAUGUUUAACUUGGUUAUAAUAUUUUAUCUCCAGGUACUCCUUUAACUUCUUAAAGUAUUUUAAUAUAAUUAUUCAAGAAUGCGAUGGUUAUUGUUUGGAAUGUGAUGAAUAAAGAAGUUGUAUUUAAUGUAGAGAAGGUUUUUCAAAAAGAUAAGCUGAUGAUAAUGGUUGUUAAUUAUGUAAUUAAAAUAUUACAAUUUGAUAGAAUGUUCGGGAUUUCGAGCUUGUUAUCUUGAUUCAUCUCAAAACAUAAUUGGGAAUUAUGGAUGCUUACCAGGAUGGAUGAUGCAUGAAUCUAAAUGUUAUACUUGUAAUUAUAUUAAUAAAUAAUUUAUAGCCACUAUUUAUUAUUGUGAACUGCCAUAUAAUGCUUAGUUUGGUUUCGGUUGUGAAAAGUGCUUCGAUGGAUUUUUUUUAGGGAAAGUUCAUGCGAUGGAUAAUUAUUACACAUAUUGUUAUUAAUAUGAUAAGAAUUGUCAUAAAGAAAGAUAAAUAAUAUAAGAAAUAAGAGAUCCAUAGAAUGAUUAUAAAUAUUUUGUAAUUUAUUAAAAUAUCCAUAGGUAGGGUGUUACUAAUGUGAUCCAGGAUACAUUUAAUUUGAGAGUUACAGUUAUUGUUAGAGUAACAUUUAAUUUAUCAAAUUUUUUAGAGAUUAGUUCUUUUAAAGAAUAUUGUAUCUUAUUAGAUCUAUAGGGAAUUAAUUGUAUAGCUUGUUAUCCAUCAUUUGCGUUACAACCAGAUGGAACAUGCAAAUAUUUUUAGUGUGAACCAUAAUGUUCAACUUGUUUGGACAAUGAUCCAAGUUUUUGUACCACUUGUGAUAGCACAUAAAAUGAAAUAGCUGAUAAUGGUAUCUGCAAAUGCAUACCAAAUUCUGGUUUGUAAGAAGGGAACUGCACACUUUGUAAGGAAGGUUAUUGUCAAGAAUGUGAACUGGAGAAUUUUUAUUCAUGUAUUUCAUGUAAAGUAGGAUCAAACAGAAUACUCAUCAAUAAACAAUGUAAUUGUUUAUUUGGUUAUUAUGAUCCUGAAAAUGAAGAUUAGAUAUGUCUCCGUAUAUUGAUUUUAUCAUAUUUUAGCCUGUGA